AUGACGGAAGAACUACGAUAUUACGCACGUUUGGAGCGCCAUUUGCAAGCCCUGCAGACGUGGUUAAAAGGCGCAAAGCCAUCGUACUCUACUGCAAUUGCUUCUGAAGGCUCAGACGUUGUGCAGAGCAAGUUUUUCCCGCUGUUAAAGACACAGGAACUUGGGAGUAUCGUGCUCUAUAGUCCCACACUAGGAUCGACGCAGACACUGCUACGCGAGACACUCAGACCUGCAGCGCCGCCUGGUCUCGUCUGUUAUACUGAACUUCAGUCGAGCGGUAAAGGGCGUGGUACGAACACGUGGUCAUCGCCCGAAGGCUGCCUCACCUUCUCCUUCCAGAGCGUCUUUAUUGACGGUGCUACACUACCGUUUGUACAAUAUCUCGUUUCGCUCGCUAUUAUUAAGGCUGUCGAGGUGGUACAUGCUGCAGUACCUAGCAGUGCUGGACUCGUGAAGAUCAAGUGGCCCAAUGACAUUUACGCCCAUCAGGUCAAGAUUGGGGGUAUCUUAUGCCAAUCCGAGUACCGUGACGGCACAUUCAGCGUCACGACCGGCAUUGGUAUCAACAUUUCAAACCGGUCGCCAACAGUAUGUCUUCAGGACAUCUUGAGCACGGAGAAGCAUCCUUGCAAUGUUACAAAGGAAGAGUUCUUGGCAGCGUUCUGUAACGUGUACGAGCCCAUGGAAAAGCUAUUCCUCAAAAAAGGAUUUGAACCGUUCAUGGCAGAUUAUUUGGCGCGAUGGCUGCAUACGGAUCAGGUCGUGCAGGUCACGAGUAGUGAAGAUGUAAGCAAUAACAAGGUACCUGCUGUGAUCAAGGGGCUUACGAGUACAGGCUGCCUUUUGGCACAGGGUGACGAUGGCUCACGUCUCGAGCUCUACCCGGAUGGAAACUCAUUUGACUUCCUGACUGGAUUGCUGAAGCGCAAAUUAUAG